AUGGACGCACACGGUGACACGGCCAUUCGACAAGUGCACGACAAUCAAGUGUUAGAGGAACGUCAGGUCGAGAGCGACUCGAGCCACUUCUCGUCGCCAAUGACGAGUCCUGUACUUGGAUCUACCUUUCGGCCUUUGCAGGAGCCCACACUCGGCGUCUACUUUGAACCAGCGGAUGGGGAGAAGAAUGAUGUACUCGCUGCGCUGAGAGUGACUAGAAAGAUCAACAGGCAAGCACUAGAGGCCGUUCAACGCGUUCAACCACAGACGAAACAAUGUCUCGACUUCGCAUCCUUACUACAGGCACAAGAUAAAGAAAUGCGACAAUGGAUACUGAAGGGCUGUCAAAUUGAUCCCACAAGGACGGUGGCGAUUCGUCAACUGUCGCUAUUUGCGAGACUUGCUCGAUACGUUAGGCACCUUCGCGAUGUUGAAAUGGAUCUUCCAUCACCCCCCAUCUCCACGAGCCGGGUUGGCUUAAUGCUGCGUCGACUGUCAUCCUCAGCUUCGUCUGGAUCUUCCAAUUCCCAGAGAGAUAAAGUCGAUCCGAGACUUAUUAUGGCGGCGGAGAGAGUAUCGGCGUCCUUUGCACCAUUGAAGGCCAGUAUAGAAGAUUUCAUGAAGGCGCAGACUCAAAAAACGGCAUUGUAUACAAAUUUCGAGAAAAUAAGACAUGACUUGAAUAUCGUCCAUCCCCUCUGCCUUCCAGAUACCCGUGUGUCUUUACGCAACUCUAUCAAGAUAUGGGCGGCGUCUUCGAGCGAGGUUCCACUAGUGCUCGUCCUCCUCGGGGAGAAGGGAGCAGGAAAGUCAACCACUGCGUCCAUGGCCUGCUGUGAACUAGGAAACAUCGACAUGCUCCAUUCCGCUCACUUUCUCAACGCGAACAGCGGUCCACUGGCGAAACGCUCAGCGGCUCCACCGGCUCGGCCCCGCUCAAAGUCGCUUGGUGGAUCACUGUCGCCACUGUCGCACUCUCCCUUUCGUUCCCGAGGCCAAACAGUUCCGAACCACGGGAAAAGCCUGGUGACCGAUAUCAUCAAGCGCAUCAAUACUCCCGACGCGCAUGGUCAUGUCAUCGUGAUCGACAACGCAGAUUCACUAAUUCACGGAGAAGGCUUGCGAUUGCUUGAAGUUGUAACAACCGCCAACUCGCCCGAUUCUAGGCUUCGGCUCCUGAUCACAUGCACGACGAUGCCAAAUUGGCUUCGUUCUAGCAGUGGUAGUGUGAAAGUAGAGACGCUAGGGCUUGGAGACAGCGGGGAUGCGGAGAACAAGGCCGACAUUGCGACCUAUGUAUCUUCGCGAAUGUGCUUCUCCCUGUCAGCAGCAGACCAACAGCGACUCGUCGAUGCGACAGACGGCAACUUUGCAAAAGCAGUGAGGUUAUGUGAUCUCGUUGAAGAGGGAGGGUCACCUGAACGUGUGCUGGAUACUGUCCUCUAUCAAGAGAUGAUAAGCAAGCAUGGUGACAAUGUGAGAAUUGUCUUAGUAUAA